CUUACAGCAGUUAGCAUUAGCUUGCAUGCUAAAUAGUACCGUAGAAGUGCCAAUCUAUUAUUGAGAUUUUAUUUUCAUAUCAUCAUUUGCUGCAAUCUUAAUCGAUUCUAAUGCUUUGCCACCGUGUCGUCACAGUCCUCUCUACGUUGAGUGGCUGAUUCUAAAGGCCACCGUCACAAUGCUGAACUUCCAAGUCGGUCGCAGGCGAGGCUCAGAUGGCGUAACCAUGGUGAUGGACUUCUUGCUGGCCAACGCCCGUCUGGUGCUGGGCGUCGGAGGCGCCGCCCUGCUCGGCAUCGCCACGCUGGCCGUCAAGCGGCUGAUCGAGCGUGCGGGCCACGCCGCUGAGGAGGAGAAGGUGGAGCAGAAGAUGGCGGAGAGCUGGGAGGAACUGAGCAAGAAGGGGCUGGAGGGAGUGGUCGUGCAGCACGUCGCCAAGGCUCGAGAAAAAAAAACACGCAAAGCCGACCUAUGUGAACCAACUGAGGAGUCGCCAGCCCUACCGGAGAAAUGCGGCCCCACCCUGCAGGAGCUUCUGCAUCAGUUCUACCACACCCGGGUGGCACUUUCCCCGCCGGAGGUCCACCGAGCUCAGUGUCGCGCUUUGGACAUCUGCAUGGAAAUCCAAGGCUUCCUUCGCACUCGUCAUCCCGACAUGCCGCUAGGAGAGAUGAGCCUCGGGGGAUCUCUGCUGGACGACUUACAGGUGGUGAGCGCGGACCACGCGUGUCUGCUGGUUCCUCUGGAGCUGGAGCCGGACCUGUGGCGUCUCAUCCCGGGAGAGGAGACGCUCCUCACGCACCCUCUGCACUGGAUGGUCAGACGGCUCAACGUGGAAUAUUUCCCCAGAGGACGCAGCUACUGGGACAGGUAUCUGGUGGGCGGCUACUUGUCAGCAGGGUCUGUGGUGAACAUGUUGAGCAAAGUGCUGAUGGAAACCAUCAACUGGCCGUCCAUCAGCAGCACUCUGGACUGCCUGGUCAGACCCGUGCUGGGAGGACCACGCCUCGAACUGGAGAUCCGGUGUCCGAACGAAGCUGGCGGCGUCCCGGCCGACUGCCCUCUCUUCAUCUCCGUCCUCCCGCUGCUGCGCGAGGGCGACGUGGUCCUGUCGGCCCAGCCCGAGCUGACCUCCCCGUGGGUCAACGCCUGGCACAUGCCGCUGUACCCGCGUGAGACCCAGCUCCUGGCCCAGCUGGACUCGCAGGACCUGGGCUGUCGCAGGAUGACUCUGAAGCUCCUGAAGGCGGCGUUCCGCCUCAACCCGGCCCUGCGACCGCUGGACUCGGCCGCCCUGGCCAACCUGCUCCUGCAUCUGAGCCGGCGCCAGGAGGACUGGAGCCUCGACAGCCUGCACCUGAGAUUCUGCCAGUGCGUCACCGAGAUGAUCGGUCACCUGGAGGCGGGGGUGCUGAGCAGCUACUUUAAGCCGGUCGUCAAUCUGCUGAGUGGACUGACGGACGAGCAGGUGGACCGCAUGGGAUUCAUGCUCUACUGUGCCGUCUCGGAACCGGAAAUUCUUCUCAUAUGACGCUAGGACAUCGAAGCUUCAGGAUGAUCCUUUUCUGUAGUGCUGCAUCUCAUUCAGGUAGUUUAUCCCAGCUGACUUUUGACAAGAGAAGCGGCGUACAGUUAAGCCCAAGCAAAAAAAAAACAAAAAACAAACAAAAAAAACACACAAGGACAGUGAACGCCCACUAUAAUUCCUAGGGAUGAGCCAGUGGUAUUGGGCCUAUUAGCCUGACGUAUUUCAAGGUAUCGGGUACUCUCGAAGGCUGCCGAUACUAGCCACCAACGCUUACGGGAAAAAGAAUCUGUCAUCGAGUAAAUACUCCUUACCAGUUGUUGGCGCUAUACUGUGGCAGUUUGACACAUCGGCGAAUCAUCAUGUGCAUAAUUAUCUGUUGUUGUGUUCAUUGAAAUUUUAUGUAUCAAAAGUAUUAGUGCUAUUGGUACUCUGUAUCUGUGAUUACUCGAGUAAAUAUUCGUACUGGUAUCAGUCUGAAAAGAAGUGGUAUGGAACUUAAACUUAAUGGAAUUUUGAUUGAAUUACAACAAAAAAAUGACUGAAUGACAUUUAUUUAUUCGCUGGAUUUGUAUUUAAAACAUUUUUUUUUUAGAUUUAAUGUUUUAAUAUUCAUUUAAUAACAUUAUUGAACUUGUAAAUUUAAUUAUUUAAUGACAUUUAAAAAUAAGACAAAAUUUAUUAUGUUAAUAAAUUGUCAUUUAAUGAAAUUUUGUCACAAAAAUAAUCUCAACAUUUUAUUAAUGACUAAAUGUAUUGGUUUUAUUUUUAAAUGUCAUUAAAUUAUUUAAUUACAUAUUUAAAAAUGUUAAAAAUAUAUAGAUAAUAAUAAAAACAUCAUUUAAAAAAUGUUUGAAAGAUUUAUUAAAUUAUUGUUUACAUUAUAAUUCUAAAGUACUAAAUUACAGUCAACAGCAAAAAAAAAAAAAACAUUUACCAGGAAAUUAUUCCUUCCCAAAAAGUUUUGUAAUCCCCUAUAGAUGCCACAGGAUGGCGCCAAAGCACUUUUUUCUGUUUGACAAGGCUAUGGCCUGUCUAAAUGAAGCUCCUCCCCUCAGUUCAACAUGGGUGCUUCGCACCAAGAUGCCACCAGAUGGCGGCAAAGCAAUAUUUUUUUUUACGUAAGACGUCUUUGGCCUGACCACAAAAAUGGCGAAUAGGUGAGUUUUGCCGCAAAUAACAGAAAAUAGCUUUCCCCAAUAAAUCUACGAUGAGCUGAAUUCAUAAAAUAUGUGUGGGGUUCACUGUGAGUGGUGCCCCCCAAAAUAUAUAAUUGCCUAUGUUAAUAGUUUUAACUGUAAAUAGAGUGGUCUCCUGCAUGUUCGCAAUUUGCUAAUUACGUAUUCACCUAAUUGCUGAUUUAUUUAUUAUUUUUCUUUCUUAUUUUGGGGGCGGGGGGUUCCUCCACUGGCUGAAAAGCUCACCUUUUUGUGCGCUUUUGUGGACUGCUGCCAACUUCAGGAUGUGCCUGAUUAAAAAAAGGACAGCACGCACACUUGAACACGUGGCUCAAUGUCAAAUGAGGAAAAUCACAAUUGCCUCAUUUACACUUAUACACUGAUUAUGCCGGGUGGCUGGAUUCUUAAGUACAGUACAUGCAUUUGUAUUACACAAGAGGUUCAAGGAUGUUUUUUGUCAAAGUUCUCUACAAGGAAUUAUUUUUAUUUUAAUCUCAGUACGAGUGUUGGGAGUGUUUGGUUUAUUUUUCAUGCCGAGUGAAAGAUUUUAUGUGAAAAUGAUGAUGAUAAUUACAAUAAAGCAUCCGUUAUAACUGAA